AUGUGGGCGAUUUUCAACGAGAGAGAAGAGAAAGGGGAGGCCACGAAGCCCGUGUACGGGUUCUUGAGCGAUGGCAGUCGAUUUGAGUUUUUUCAACUGAACGCGAAUCUUCUCGACAUCUCCAAGACCCUCCAAUGGUACUAUGGCCCACGGGUCCAGGGGGAAAUUGUCAGCUUGCUUUUUUUCUUAUUUGACGAGGCGGCGUUGCUGUCUCCGACCAGCUCGCUAGAAAAGAUGAUCACCGACAGUCUUUCUAGCAGCUAG